AUGGCAGAUAACCCAGGUGCAGUGGGAGGGCCCAGAGACCCCAGGAGCCCUGGAAUGGGAAGCCACAGUGGCUUCCGUGAAGUCUUUGGCAGCGGCAUUUGUAGCCAUGGUCUGGGCCAGGGCCAAGGCCGUGGAGCUCAUGGAGGCAAGGCCGAGGACAAGGAGUGGAUACCCGUCACCAAGCUGGGCUGCCUGUUGAAAGACAUGAAGAUCAAAUCCCUAGAGGAGAUUUACAUCUUCACCCUGCCCAUCAAGGAGUACAAGAUCAUUGACUUUUUCUGUGCAUCUCUCAAGGAUAAGGUUUUGAAGAGUAUGCCAGUGGAAAAGCAGACCCACGCUGGCCACUGGACCAGGUUCAAGGCAUUUGUUACCACUGGGGACUACAAUGGUCACAGGGGUCUGUGUGUUAAGCGCUUAAGAGGUAGCCACUGCCAUCCGAGGGGCCAUGAUCUGGCCAAGCUCUCCAUUGUCCCCAUGCGGAGAAGCUACUGGGAGAACAAGAUCAGCAAGCCCAACACCAUUCCUUGCAAGGUAACAGGCCACUGCAGCUCUGUGCUGGUAUGUCUCAUCCUUGCCCCUAGAGCAACUGGCAUCAUCUCAGCUCCUGUGCCCAAGAAGCUGCUGCUGAUGGCUGGUACUGAUGACUGCUACACCUCAGCCAGGGACUGCACUGUCACCCUGGGCAAUUUUGCCAAAGCUACUUUUUAUGCCAUCUCCAAGAGCUACAGCUAUCUGACCCCUAACCUCCAAAAAAAGACUGUAUUCACCAAGUUUCCCUACCAGGAAUUCACUGAACAUCUUGUCAAGACCCACAUCAGAGUCCCUGUGCUGAGGACCCAGGCUCCAGCUGUGGCUACACCAUAGCAUUUUUAUACAAGAAAAAUAAAGUGAAUUAAGCCUAUU